AAUUUAAACAGCGGCUGUCAUUAUUCUGCGUUAAUAUUUAACUAUUAACUUAUUUGUGGCGCUCUACUUCAUACGAAACAGGUAAAAUUAUUCUUUAAAACUAAACUUUUCAGUAGUAUUGUAAGAAAAACUGUAAUUUGUCGCGCCUUCAAUCAUUUAAAUUAUACUGUUAAAUUUUUUCAUUUAACAUUUCGUAAUCAUAACUGUUUAUUGAAAAUUAAAAAUGACCUAUUAUAAUUACAUUGUAGUCAGUUUAAUAAUAUUUUGUACAAUUACGAACACCGAAACAACGCCUAAUACAUUAAAAGUUAUACGAAUCUUAAAAAAUCUAUUCAAGCAUUCUGGAUGGCAAAAUUUAAAUGACGUGAAUAGUAUAAAAUACAUGAAUGUUGUACAUAAAUUAAAUGAUGUUAUUCACAAACGAAUCGAUAGAAAUAAUUGUGAUUCGCGAAUUCGAUUGGCAACUGUUUAUCUGGGCUGUAAUUAUGCCAAAUUUUUAAAAAAAAUUAUUUUGAUACUUCAAAGUUUUCAUAUUCACUGUAAAGAUGUACAAGGUAAACAUAAUGGAGACGACUGCAUUUUAGAACUUCUUAACACAAUACACAUAAUAAGAAAAGAAACGCCCAAGUUAAGAGACGCCAUGGAUGUAUUGGACAGCUUUCGAAAUGUGCAACGGAAUCAUUUUAAAGACACGUUUAUUUUAAUCCCUAUAAUAAAAUUUUUAGAAAACAGUAAAAUUCCUCUUCCUAUACAGAAUAAUAUAACAGACACUAGUGAAACACUGGAUAUAUUAAAUAACUUAAUAUUAAAAAUUAAAGCAAAUGUAGAUUCUGACAUUUCAAAAUAUUGUAAUAUUACUUGUGUGUCUGACGAUCUUAUGUUACAGCAGCAAUAUAAUAUCGAAAUCAAAAAAAACAACGAAAAUAAUGAACGACUAUUUUAUGAAUACUUAAGUAAUAAAAUAAAUGAUGAAAUUCAGGUUACGAUUAAAGAAAAAUUUUACGAUUUGGGAUUCCAAUAUGACACUAAAACUGGCAAAACGACAAUACCAAUACAUAUUGACCGGAUCACUGGAGGAAAGAUUAGUAAAGUCCAUAAUAAUCUUGGAGUGUAUCAAAAGACAGAUGUUUCUACGCAGUCAGUAGAUAAUUCUACUGAAAGUGAAUCUAGCGAAGAUGAUGAACAGGAAUUUGACAAUGUGAAAUUGACAAAAAAGUUAAAACGUAUUGCCAAAAAUAAUGAUACUCAUUCUUCAAAAUUUAUUGAAUUACCAGAAGACCAAGUUCCUUUUAAUAAAUAUCUUGAUUGAUUAUUGGUUCAAAAUUUUUAUUAAUCAGUUAAUUUUUCUAAAAUGAAAUAAUCUAAAUAUGCUAUUAAUAUAUUACAAAUUCAAGUUUAUUCAGUUUUUUGUGAAAGAGAAAUAAAUUUAAAUACAUAUCUUUAAACAUAAGAUUACAGUAAAUAUAAAAUUUUUGAAAAUACAUUUGUUUUAAUUUAAGUAUAUAAAGAUUUUUUUAUGUGUAAAAAGCAGAAUUGAGAUGCUUAAAACAUUUUGUUUUCAACUUCAUAAUUAAAACAUCAAAUUAAUUAAUCCGUUUUGUUUAGAUCAUUUAAAAUAAUUAUAUUAAACAACAAACACUUGAACAAAUCAAGUUUAAAACAUAUAAAAAAAUGAUUAAGAAAUGAUAAUAUUUAAAACAUUUUAAUCCUCUUUAAAACAAUUACUGCUAAUAUUUUAAUUAAAAAAAAAAAAAACAUUCUUCUCUAUCUUAGUAAAAUGU